GAAGCUGCCUUGUGGGGACAGAGGCUGAGGGAUGGAGCAAUGUCAUGGACUGGUUGGGCACAGAGGAAUGGUGGGAGGAUGCAGCCGGCGAACCAGGAAGGGAAGAUGGCUCAGAGCCCAAGAAGUGGAGGUGGAACAAGGAUGAGCAGUCAGAGGGAGAAGAGGGAGAAGCCUGGGAAGAGGAGGUGUCAAAAGCUGAAGGGCUAACAGGGCUUAGUGAGCUGGGAGACUCUGUGGCAGAAUGCAGUCCAGAAUCAGAGGCAGAAGACAGGGCCGUCUUAAGCAUAUCGUGUGCCGUGGUGCAAAGAUCCUUCUGGCACCCCACCCCAUUUUCCAGAGUUGUUGACCUUUUGGCUGGUGGGGUGGCAUGACGCGGGCCCAAGACUCCCGUGAUGCAGGGGGCAAUAACCAGAGGUGUAGUAAGGUCAGGUGCAGGGCCGUCUUAAGCAUAUCCAGCGCCAGGGUACAAAGAUCCCCCCUGCGCACCCCCUCCAUUUCCGACAUCAUAUAUUCAACACACAUUUAAAGCACAUGAUUUCCCCCAGAGAAACCCAGAAACUGUAGCUUUCCACGCACAGAGCUACAGUUCCCAGGAUUCUCUAGAAGAAGUCACAUGCUUUAAAUGUGUGGUCAAGUCUAGAACUGGUGUCAGCGGCUGAACAUCUGCUUGACAUGCAGAAGGUCCCUGGUUCAGUCCCUGGCAUCUCCAGGUAUGCUGGGAUAGGACCGUGUAAAAAUCCCAGAGGGCUGUUGCCAGUCAGUGUAGACACUAUGGAGCUAGGUAGGCCAGUCAUCCAACUCUGGUUAAGUUAUCCCUCUAUAAAAGUAAUAUUUCAUUUCCUCAGGUCAUGUGUCCCCUGUUAAAUUGGCACCGUGGAGGAGGUUGUCCCAUAUAAUGGACCUGGGGGAUGGGGAGAGGAUUCUCCUUUAUGGGAAAAAAAAGGAUUAAGCAAAUCAGAGAGCCAGGGAAGUAUAGCAGUUAAGAAUGUUGGGCUAGGACCUGAGACCCAGGUUCAAAUCCCCACUCAGCCAAGAGGCUCACUGCAUGAUCUUGGACCAGUUCUUUUUCAGCCUUGCCUACCUUGCAAAGUUGUUACAAAGGUGAAAUGAAAAGUGUGUUUACUGCCUUGGACACCUUGGGGAAAAUGGAGGAGUAGAAAUGUAGUGAAUAAAGGAAAUAAAUAAGGACUGUGUUACUGGAAAGGUGCCUUCUCCCAAGUCAAACCAUUAGUCCAUCUAGCUCAGUACUGCAUACACUGACUGGUAGCAGCUCUCUGGGGAUUCAGGCAGGGGAGAUUCCUAGCCAUACAUGCAGGUGCCAGGGAGGAAAACUUGGGUGCAAGGUGUUCUAACCACUGAACUAUGACCCUCCCCGUAAGACAUAGAUACAUUGGAAGCCACAUUAUGUAAAAUCAAACUCUUGGUCCAUCUAGUUCAGUGUUGCCCACACUGACUGGCAGUUGCUCUUCAGGACCUUAACAGAUGACCUUAACAGAUUAGACAACUGGGCCAAAGCAAACAAGAUGAAUUUUAACAGGGAGAAAUGUAAAGUACUACACUUGGGCAAAAAAAGAAAGGCACAAAUACAGGAUGGGAGACACCUGGCUUGAGAGCACUACAUGUGAAAAGGAUCUAGGAGUCUUGGUAGACCACAAACUUGACAUGAGUCAGCAGUGUGAUGCAGCAGCUAAAAAGGCCAAUGCAAUUCUGGGCUGCAUCAAUGGGAGUAUAGCAUCUAGAUCAAGGGAAGUAACAGUACCACUGUAUUCUGCUCUGGUCAGACCUCACCUGGAGUACUGUGUCCAGUUCUGGGCACCACAGUUCAAGAAGGAUACUGACAAGCUGGAACGUGUCCAGAGGAGGGCAACCAAAAUGGUCAAAGGCCUGGAAACGAUGCCUUAUGAGGAACGGCUUAGGGAGCUGGGUAUGUUUAGCCUGGAGAAGAGAAGGUUAAGGGGUGAUAUGAUAGCCAUGUUCAAAUAUAUGAAAGGAUGUCAUAUGGAGGAGGGAGAAAGAUUGUUUUCUGCUGCUCCAGAGAAGGGACACGGAGCAAUGGAUUCAAACUUAAAGAAAGAAGAUUCCACCUAAACAUUAGGAAGAACUUCCUGACAGUAAGAGCUGUUCGGCAGUGGAAUUUGCUGCCAAGGAGUGUGGUGGAGUCUCCUUCUUUGGAGGUCUUUAAGCAGAGGCUUGGCAGUCAUAUGUCAAGAAUGCUUUGAUGGUGUUUCCUGCUUGGCAGGGGGUUGGACUGGAUGGCCCUUGUGGUCUCCUCCAACUCUAUGAUUCUAGGAAUCUCUCCCAGCCCUACCUGGAGAUGCCAAGGAUUGAACCUGGGACCUUCUGCAUCAAAGCAGAUGCUUUGCCACAGAGCUAUGACUCCACCCCCUGCUUUAUUUGCAGAUUAAAUAAAUAACUGGAAUGUUGGGAAUUUUUUAAAAAAUGAAACACCUCGUUAUUCCUAGCCUAGCAGCUGGUUGGGGGCACUCAGCCAUCCUUAGGGCCAUUUGCCCCUCUACCCGCCUAACCCAAUUCCCCCUUCCUUACCUGGCUGACUUGGGAGUGGGUUCCGCUCUGCCAAGGGGGGGGACGCAACAGAGGUUGGCACCCUCUUCCAACAGAGCCAAGCUUGCUCAUCUAGUCUUCUCUAGUUCCCCACCUGGCAUUGGCCUGGGCUGGGUGGGAUGAGAUGAACCUUUCCUUCCCUCCUUCCCCUCCUUCUGAUUCCAGGUUGUUGGGAGGGGGGUGUUUUCCCCAAUGCAUUGCCUUUUUAACCCUUCCCUGGCAUUCUUGGAAAGGGAUGGCCAGGAGGAAAGGUGCCUUUUUGCUCUGAGCAGGCUGGAAGGCAGAGAAAGGGGGAGGGGAGAGAUGGGGAGGAGACUCACAUAGGUCCUCAAGGCAACCCUCCCAUGGGGUACCCUCCUUGCACCCCAUGGAUGCCCAUGGCCAGAUACCUCACUCACACACACGCCAAGCAGGACAGCAGCAAAAGGAGGAAAAUGGGCCCCUUUUGGGGUUUCAGUUUGCAAAUUCAUGAACUGGAGACCUUCUUUUCUGCACCAUUUAUUCCAGUUCCAUACCUCACGCUUGUUUCAAAUUUGGAGGUGGCUCAGGAGGGACCUAUUUAUAAAGGGACGCAGGUGGCGCUGUGGGUUAAACCACUGAGCCUAGGGCUUGCUGAUCAGAAGGUUGGCGGUUCGAAUCCCCGCGACGGGGUGAGCUCCCAUUGUCUGGUCCCUGCUUCUGCCCACCUAGCAGUUCGAAAGCACAUCAAAGUGCAAGUAGAUAAAUAAGUACCCCUCUGGUGGGAAGGUAAAGGUCUUUUCUGUGCGCUGCUCUGGUUAGCCAGAGGCGGCUUAGUCAUGCUGGCCACAUGACCUGGAAACUGUAUGCCGGCUCCCUCGGCCAAUAAAGCGAGAUGAGCGCCGCAACCCCAGAGUCGGUCACGACUGGACCUAAUGGUCAGGGGUCCCUUUACCUUUACCAGGAGGGACAGAAUCCGAAGUAUCGGACUACAGCCCACAUAACGGGUUUUUUUGGGGGGGGGAGAAGCCGGGUUUUACUCACCGUUUUUGACAACCGAGGUUGCAAUUCUAAUCCCAUUGGAUACAAUAGGACUUACUUCUGAGUAGGCACUGAUCACAUUGCACUACAGGGGGGAAAUUUCUAUCAUGUAGGUUGAACCACCAAUGUUUUUUUAAAAAGCCAAAGGGAUCUGUUUACAUUGAUCUCUGCAAUCAUGACAUCCUCUCCCAGUUUCUCACCCCACGAGCAUAUGGUGAGUGGGGCUUUGCGAGGGAAAGGGGUGCUAGGGAGAGAUACGGUGUUUGGACAGCCCUUGAUCUUGGCGUGGAAAGUUUAAUCUGCUGGAAGUGGGGAGGGGGCAAGGCUGCUUAGUUUGGAGAUCACGAUUUACAGUGAGCCAAGGAAGGGGACAGGACGGGCAGCCGCUUUGUGGUUUGACAGCCAGCUGGGGAGAGAGGGAGCCGGCAAGGGAGGUUCUGCUCACGCUUGCUCUCUGGAGCCAGCCAGCCAGCCAAGCCCAUCGCCGGGAUGAAGGAUGACCCUGGUGCUGCAGAGUGAACAGGGUCCUAGCGCUCGCCCUCCCCUCUCUGGACCCUUCUCAUGGCGCGCACCGCGCCACUAGGCCAAAGGGUAAUAAAGACGCCCCUGGCAGAAGAGGAAGGAGGCGAGUGGGAGGAGGGAGGUGGAGAGGCAGAGGUGAGUCAGGAGAAGGAGGAGCCACCGGUGGCUCCCUCUUCUUCUGCCAGAAGCCACCCUCCCUGCUUGUCUCUCAGAGCCGGGAGAUGUCUGACAAUGGAGGAGCAAAGGCAGGCUGCACCCUGGCGCACUGUUGGAUCACUUUCAAUAAACCCCAGAGAGGAGGGGACUUGGAAAGCUGUGGGGAGCUGGGGGCCUUCACUCUUGGCAACUGAUUUCGUAGCGGAAGAUGCUCAGGGAAUGAGCGGCUGUUCUCAUGAGGCCUGAAACUCAGCCAAGCCUGUGAAUAUCGUGUUCUUGCUAAUAAAGAGUAAACUCUAGCUGUGAACUGUGGGGUUUCCUGCCCAGAUAACUCUGACACCAGCCUUCUGAAUAUCGCCAGUAGGAUUCCUCUGUAGUUGCAGUUUUCAUGGAGUCCUAGAAUUGAAAGGGACGCCAAGGGUAAUCAAGUCCAACCCCCUGCAUUGCAGGAAUCUCAGCCAGAUCAUCCAAGACUAGGCUUCUUUUAUUUCUAUAUUGAUCAUUGAAUGCUAAAAUAGACCUCUAAGCAGUGGACAGAGGAUUAAAAAUAGUGGCCAGGAUUCACCUAACCAGCCCUGUCCACUGCAAAAUGGGGCCUGCCCCCCAUUCCUCACCUUCUCCAUGCCCCCAUGAAGCCCUUGAAUUUAGCUCUAGGGCAGGGAUAGGCAACCUAAGGCCCGUGGGCCGGAUGCGGCCCAAUUGCCUUCUCAAUCCAGCCCACAGGUGGUCUGGGAAUCAGCGUGUUUUUACAUGAGCAGAAUGUGUCCUUUUAUUUAAAAUGCAUCUCUGGGUUAUUUGUUAUUUGGGGGGCAUAGGAAUUCGUUCAUUUCCCCCCCCCCAAAAUAAUAAUAAUCCGGCCCACCACAAGGUCUGAGGGACAGUGGCUGAAAAAGGUUGCUGACCCCUGCUCUAGGGCAUUGAAAGGGAACCUCCCCAGAACAGGACAUGAGGAGAAAGGGGAUCCUUCCAUCAGGCAAACUGGAAUGCUUCCGUAGGCAGAAUGACUUGAAAAACACAAGGGGGAGUACCACCUAUUUGCACAAAGAUGAAUACUCAUAAUUCAAAGGCAGAAUAAAAGAAUUCCAUUAAAGCGUUCAAAUAAGCUUCCAUAAUUAAAGUUGGAAGCAAAAGAAUCACAUUAAAACAACACAGCCAUUAACAGGAAGGAAGCAACAGAGCAUUGUGUAGCAGAUAAUUUUUUGCUGUCUCAGAGGAGGGCAUUUCCCUUUUUCUUUUAGGGUCCAGUGUGCUUUGAAGAUGUUGCUGUUCAUUUCACAGAUGAGGAGUGGGUGUUGCUGGAUCCUGACCAGAGAGCUCUGCAUAAGGAUAUCAUGGAGGAGAAUCGUGGGAUCGUGGCCUCUCUUAAUUGUGAUGAAUUGGAAAUCGAGAACAAGGGUGACCAUGUCAAAAUCCCUAGAGAGGAGAAGCCACGUAAAAAUUUGGAGUGUGGAGAGAACUGCAGUCGGAGCUCCCAUUCCACUUCCCAACAAAGAAUUAUCAUUGGAAAGAAACCCUAUCAGUGCAUGGAAUGUGGAAAGAGCUUCAGUCAGAGCUCCUCUCUCACUUCCCAUCGAAGAAUUCAUACAGGGGAGAAACCUUAUCAGUGUGGAAAAUGCAGCCAGGGCUUUAGUAGAAGCACAGAUCUACAUUCACACCAGAUAAUUCACAGUGGGGAGAAACGAUUUAAAUGUGAAGAGUGUGGAAAGAGCUUCAUUCGCAGAUCCUCUCUCACUUCCCAUCAAAGAACUCAUACAGGGGAGAAACCUUACGAGUGUGGAGAAUGCCGGAAGGGCUUUGCUAGAAGCACAGAUUUACGUUUGCAUCAGAGAAUUCACAGUGGGGAGAAACCAUAUCAGUGUGUGGAAUGUGGGAAGAGCUUCAGUACCAGCUCCUAUCUCACUUCCCAUCAGAGAAUUCACAGCGGGGAGAAACCAUAUCAAUGCGAGGAAUGUGGGAAGAGCUUCACCUGGAAGAACACACUCACUAUCCAUCAAAUAAUUCAUACAGGGGAGGAACCAUAUCACUGCUUGGAAUGUGGGAAGAGCUUCAGUAAGAGCUCCUCUUUCACUUCACAUCAAAGAAUCCAUACAGGAGAGAAACCUUAUCAGUGUGUGGAAUGUGGAAAGAGCUUCAGUAAGAAGGACAGUCUCACUUCCCAUCAAAGAAUCCAUACAGGAGAGAAACCCUAUCAGUGUGUGGAAUGUGGAAAAAGCUUCAAUACAAGCUCCUCUCUCACUUCCCAUCAGAAAAUCCAUACAGGGGAAAAACCCCAUCAGUGUUUGGCAUGUGGAAAGAGCUUUGGUCACAGGAGCUCUCUCACUUCCCAUCAAAGAGUUCAUACAGGGGUGAAACCAUAUCAGUGUGCGGAGUGUGGAAAGAGCUUCAGUACGAGCUCCUCUCUCACUUCCCAUCACUUAAUUCAUACAGAGGAGAAGCCAUAUCAGUGCUUGGAUUGUGGAAAGACCUUCAGUCAAAAGGGCAAUCUCGCUUCCCAUCAAAGAAUUCAUACAGGGGAGAAACCAUAUCAUUGUGUGGAAUGUGGAAAGAGCUUCAGCUGGAAGCAAAAUCUCACUUCCCAUCAAAGAACUCAUAUAGGGGAGAAUAUGAGAAUCCUUUAAUUGUGGAGUUGGAGGUGACCCCCAGUGUGAUCUAGUGCAACCCGCUGCACUGCAGAAAUCACAAUGAAAUCCUCCAUAAUGGAUAGCCAUCUAACGUCUGCUGGCCUCCAAUAAAUGAGAUUUCACCACUUUAAAGGGAGUCCACUUCGCUGUCUAACAGCUCUUGCCAUUAACAAGUUCUAGAUACAGGUAGGUAGCCGGUUUGGUCUGCCAUUGUCGAAGCAAAAUCCUUCCAGUAGCACCUUAGAGACCAACUAAGUUUGUUACUGGUAUGAGCUUUCGUGUGCAUGUGUAUCUGAAGAAGUGGGCAUGCACACGAAAGCUCAUACCAUUAAAACGUUCUUCCUGAUGUUUCAUUGGAAUCUCCUUUGUGGUAACUGGAAGACAUUUUUUUUGGGUCCUACCCUAUAGAGCCAGAGAAAACAAGCUUACUCCAUCUUCUAUGACACAAGUUAUUUGAAGUUGGCUCUCAUAUCCCCUUCAUAUCCCCUCUCAGUCUCCUCUUCUCCAGGCUAAACAUACCCAGCUCCCUCAGCUUUUCCACAUAAUGCUUGGUUUCCAGAUCCUUGAUUAUCUUGGUAGCCCUCUUCUGCACAUGUUCCAGCUUGUCAAUAUCCUUAUUAGUUAUUCUUUCUUUCUUUAAUUUAAUUUAUGUAGCACCCUUCAUCCAAAUAUUUCAAGGCGGUUCACAUCAUGCAGGACAAAAGCAUGGGUUUCUCAAAACCAAGUCAUGCAAGACAAAUCUUUUUAUUUUAUUUUAUGGAGUUACAAGCUUGGUGGAUCAGGGGAAUGCUGUGCGCAUAGUGUAUCUUGAGUUCAGUAAGGCUUUUGACAAAGUCCCCCGCGAUAUUCUCGCAAGGAAACUGUUGAAAUGUGGUUCUAGAUUCAGGUAGGUAGCCGUGUUGGUCUGACACAGUUAAAAUAUAUAUAUAAAAUUAAAGAAAUUGUCCAGUAGCACCUUAGAGACCAACUAAGUUUGUUCUUGGUAUAAGUUUUUGUGUGCUUAUACCAAGAACAAACUUAGUUGGUCUCUAUGGUGCUACUGGACAAUUUCUUUAAUUUUUAUAUAUAUGUUGAAAUGUGGGUUGAACGAGGUAGCCAUUAGGUGUAUCAGUAGCUGGUUGACUGACAGAACCCAAAGAGUUCUCAUUAAUGGUUCCUUGUCAUCGUAGGAAAAAUUGACAAGUUGGGUGUUGUUGUUCAAUUUUUUUUAAUAAAUGAUUUGGAUGAAGGAAUUGAAGGGAUGCUCAUCAAUUUUGCAGGUGACACCAAACUGGGAGGGGUUGCUAAUGCUGCAGAAGACACAAUUGGGAUUCAAAAUGACCUUAACAGAUUGGAGAACUGGGCGCAAGCUAACAAAAUGAUUUUCAGUAAGGACAUAUCUAAGGUUUUGCUCCUUGGCAGGAAGAACCAGGUGCACAAAUAUAAGAUGGGGGAUAUCUGGCUUGCUAGCAUUACAUGUGAAGAGGAUCUAGGAGUUGUGGUGGACCACCGGCUUAACCUGAGUCAACAGUGUGAUGCAGUAGCAAAAAAGUUAAUUCUAUUCUAGGCUAGGCUAGUGCCCCUCUUAAGGGAAGUAAGUGUACCACUGUAUUCUGCCUUGGUCAGUCUACAGCUGGAAUAUUGUGUCCCAUUCUGGGCACCACGAUUUAAGAAGGUUGUUGACGAGCUGGAAGGUGGGCAGAGGAGGACAACCAAGAUGAUCAAGGGUCUGGAGUCCAAGCCUUGUGAGGAGCAGUUGAAGGAGCUGGAUAUGUUUAGCCUGGGGGGAAAGGAGACUGAGAGGAGAUAUGAGAGCUGUCUUCAAAUAUCUCAAGGGCUGUCACAUGAAAGGGGGAAGAAGCUUGUUUUCUCCUGUUCUGGAGGACAGGACUUGAACCCAUGGCUUCAAUUUACAAGGUAGGAGAUUCUGACUAUACAGAAAAAAACUUUCUGACAGUAAGAAUUGUCCUACAGUAGAACAGCCUCCCUCUGGAGAUUGUGGACUCUCAUUCCCUGGAGGUUUUUAAGCAGAGGUUGAAUGGGCAUCUGUCAUAGAUGCUUUAGUUUGGACAAGAUAAUUCCAUGAUUCUAUUAUUACUUGACCUUUAUAGACCAUAUAAAAAAGCUUUAGCAUUCUUAGAGGCUGUUUGCUGCCUUUGCAGCACCAAUGUGAGCUUUGUGGGGCCCAGGUCUGGAGCUCCUGAGCUGCCCAGAGGAGAAGACCCUCUUCUCGGCCUCCCUGAAGUCGUCCACAAGAAAGCAGACCAAGACGUUAGACACAAGCUAGGCUGCAGGAGUUGCUGGAAGGAGGCAAAGAAGGCACCAUCCAACUGCCUUAGGGACUCCAGUCUGGAUUUGUGUAGGGUUAAUUACACAGCCUUUUCUUCUCCCAAAUAUGUCCCAUAAGGCAGCGGGUCCUGAGUUCUACCACUGCUGGAACAAUCGUACUGGCUACCAAUGAGGUACCAAGCAAAGCUCAAAAGAAAUAAACCAUAUUCUGAUCAUAAAUGACUAAUACUUUUUAAUGCAUGCUUUUUAUGCAAAUAGACAAAAGUAGACCACAAGUUUGGUAGACCACAAACUUGACAUGAGUCAGCAGUGUGAUGCAGCAGCUAAAAAAGCCAAUGCAAUUCUGGGCUGCAUCAAUAGGAGUAUAGCAUCUAGAUCAAGGGAAGUAACAGUACCACUGUAUUCUGCUCUGGUCAGACCUCACCUGGAGUACUGUGUCCAGUUCUGGGCACCACAGUUCAAGAAGGAUACUGACAAGCUGGAACGUGUCCAGAGGAGGGCAACCAAAAUGGUCAAAGGCCUGGAAACGAUGCCUUAUGAGGAACGGCUUAGGGAGCUGGGUAUGUUUAGCCUGGAGAAGAGAAGGUUAAGGGGUGAUAUGAUACCCAUGUUCAAAUAUAUAAAAGGAUGUCAUAUAGAGGAGGGAGAAAGGUUGUUUUCUGCUGCUCCAGAGAAGCGGACACAGAGCAAUGGAUUCAAACUACAAGAAAGAAGAUUCCACCUCAACAUUAGGAAGAACUUCCUGACAGUAAGAGCUGUUCGACAGUGGAAUUUGCUACCAAGGAGUGUGGUGGAGUCUCCUUCUUUGGAGGUCUUUACGCAGAGGCUUGACAGGCAUAUGUCAAGAACGCUUUGAUGGUGUUUCCUGCUUGGCAGGGGGUUGGACUGGAUGGCCCUUGUGGUCUCUUCCAACUCUAUGAUUCUAUGCCAUUUCCCCUUCCAAAAAUGCUUAAUUGCUAAUUCAGUGGACUAAAAAUCAAUUAUUAUUGUUGUUGUUGUUGUUGUUAUUUAUUAAAUUUAUACACUGCCCUUCGUCAAAAGACCUGAGAGUCGUUUAAAAUGAGCUGAGGGCCGUUUAAAAGUAGAAAAAAUUAUGCACCACCUCCUAUUUCUUUAAUCAGGUGACUGAAUCUACAGGAUUGAUAAUGGCAUUAUUAUUAUUAUUAUUAUUAUUAUUAUUAUUAAAUUUAUAUAUUGUACCACGCUAUACCCGCAGACCUCAGGGCAGUUCACAGAAUAAAAUCAGAAUAUAAAACCACAAAAUACAUAAUCAUAAUAAAAACAAAAACAAGUCAAUAACACCCCCCCAAAAAAACCCCACAUUUUAGAAGGGCAUUGGAUGUCAAUCAGACAAAGGUCUAGUUCAAGAGGAACGGUUUCUCCUGGUGCCUAAAUGUCAGGGAGUGGACAGAAAAGGAUUGGUGGAGACUGCCUCCCCAGCCUGAUCCUUUCAGGGAGGAGGAGGAGGAAGACAGUUUAGAUUUACAACAGCGGUUUGAGGGAGGUCAUAGCUCAGAGGCAAAUGAGGGGGAAAGUUGGGAAAUAAUAGGAGACGAGGAGGAAGCAGCAGCAGCAGUCUAUCUGUGUCUGUAUCUGUGACAACUGACUGACACAAUGUAUUUAGAAAGCAAUUCCAGAUCCUCCAUCUCCCAGAACCUGGCGAGCCUUGAAAGUGGGAGAGCAAAGAGCUCAAAGACAGAGGGCACUUGUCAGCACCUGUAGAAGUGAUGAAUGAGAAAGUGGGAGAGACGGGACAAUGCCAUUAUCCCAAAGGCUGGGUUCUAUAGCCUCUCUCUGUAAAAACUGAAUAAAAAGAGGAUGAUAAGAAACAUUCCUUUGUCUUUGUUCGUUCCUGGGCAAACCAGCCAGGAGUCACUGACAGCCGCCUGACAGUAGAAUGAAGGCUCCAGGCAAACCUCCCGGGACCAUGCCAUAGACAGAGAGCCACUGCAGAGAGGGCCCUCAAGGAGGUGGCAUACGAAGAUGGGCCUCAGAAGAUGAUCUUAGAGUUCAGGUAGGUUCAUAUGGAAAGAGGCAGUGCUUGAGCUAUUGCGGUCCUGAGCUGUUUAGGGCUUUAUAGGUCAAAACCAACACUUUGAAUUGGGCCCGGAAACUAAUUGGUAGCCAGUGCAGUCGGACCAGGAUUGGUGUAAUAUGCUCAAAACGUCUUUCUCCGGUGAAUUCUUCGGCGAUCAGCCUUCUUUAUGGUCCAGCUCUCACUUCCAUACAUCACUACUGGGAAAACCAUAGCUUUAACUAUACGGACCUUUGUCGGCAAGGUGAUGUCUCUGCUUUUUAAGAUGCUGUCUAGAUUUGUCAUUGCUUUUCUCCCAAGAAGCAGGCGUCUUUUA